GGGCAGAACGGGCCGCGAGAAGCUCUGAUUCAAUCAUUCAGAAGAUGCGGGUUCACACCAUUUUCCUUUGAUUCUCUCUCCUUCUUCCCCCAUUUUUCUACCCAAUCUCCACCGUCUAAACCCAACCCUUUUUUCCUCCUCCGCCACCGCCGCCGUUUCUACACACGAUGAAGAGGGAGCAUCACUAUCUUCAUCCUCGUCCGGAGCCGCCUUCCGUGGCUACUGGCUCUAAUCGGGAGAGUUAUUUGAACACUGGUAAGGCUAAGCUCUGGGAGGAGGAGGUACAGCUCGACGGAGGAAUGGAUGAGCUUCUUGCUGUUUUAGGUUACAAGGUUAAGUCGUCGGAUAUGGCGGAAGUUGCACAGAAGCUCGAACAGCUUGAAGAAGCUAUGUGUCAAGUUCAGGAUACUGGCCUUUCGCAUCUCGCUUUCGACACUGUUCAUUAUAAUCCCUCUGAUCUGUCGACUUGGGUUGAAAGUAUGCUCACUGAGCUCCAUCCGCCCCCUACCUCGCAUCUGGACGAUUCAUCGUUUUUAGCUCCGGCGGAAUCCUCCACCAUCGCUAACGUUGAUUAUGAACCUCAACUGCAAACCAGCAGCAGGAUUUUCGAGGAGUCUUCUAGUUCGGAUUAUGACCUUAAAGCUAUUACGGAUAGCGCGAUUUAUUCACCGAGAGAGAGUAAGCGUUUGAAAGCCUCCGAGUCGGACACGGAUGUGUUCUCCACCUCCGCGAUUGGGGCUUCUAAUUUUGCAACUCGCCCAGUUGUUCUCGUCGAUUCGCAGGAGAACGGAAUUCAACUGGUUCAUGCUCUGAUGGUUUGUGCUGAAGCCGUACAGCAGAAUAAUCUGAAUCUAGCGGAGGCUCUGGUUAAGCGAAUCGAUUACUUAGCGGUUUCUCAAGCCGGAGCGAUGAGGAAAGUCGCCACGUUCUUCGCCGAAGCAUUAGCACGCCGAAUCUACAGGCUCUGCCCUGAGAAUCCCCUCGAUCGUUCAGUGCUCGAUAUGCUUCAGAUGCAUUUCUACGAGAGCUGUCCCUAUCUGAAAUUCGCGCAUUUCACCGCGAAUCAAGCGAUUCUCGAAGCCUUCGAAGGGAAGAAGCGUGUUCACGUCAUCGAUUUCUCGAUGAACCAGGGGAUGCAGUGGCCGGCUUUGAUUCAAGCCCUAGCUCUACGACCGAGCGGUCCUCCUACCUUCCGACUCACCGGAAUCGGCCCUCCGGCGCCGGAUAACUCCGAUUACCUCCAAGAUGUGGGCUGGAAGCUCGCCAAAUUCGCUGAAACCCUCCAUGUGGAGUUCGAAUACAGAGGAUUUGUAGCGAACAGUUUGGCAGAUCUGGACGCAUCGAUGCUGGAGCUCCGGCCGAGCGAGGUGGAGUCGGUGGUAGUGAACUCGGUGUUCGAGCUGCAUCAGCUACUGGCUCGGCCGGGGGCAAUUGAAAAGGUUCUGUCGGUGGUGAAGCAGAUGAAGCCGGAGAUCGUGACGGUGGUGGAGCAGGAAGCGAACCACAACGGUCCGGUUUUCGUGGAACGAUUCACUGAGUCACUCCAUUACUACUCGACGCUGUUUGACUCGUUGGAGUGCUCCCCCAACAGCCAAGACAAGAUGAUGUCGGAAAUGUACCUUGGGAAACAAAUCUGCAAUGUGGUAGCUUGUGAAGGUGCCGACCGAGUGGAACGACACGAAACCCUGACUCAGUGGCGCACUCGGUUAUCCUCCGCCGGGUUCGAUCCCAUCCACCUCGGCUCAAACGCAUUCAAGCAAGCGAGUAUCCUCCUCGCCCUGUUUGGCAGCGGCGAAGGGUACCGGGUAGAAGAGAACGAGGGAUCACUAAUGCUGGGAUGGCACACCCGCCCCCUUAUCGCCACCUCCGCCUGGAAACCCGGCAACAACCCGGUGGUCGCUCACUGAGUCAAUUCCACUCAGUGGACCGAGUCAGGUCAAGAAUGAAACAGGACUGACUGUCAGCUUGACAGAGUGACCCACCACUCGCAAAUGUGGCCAUCACUUUUGCCUGUCAUCCUGACCCUUCGGCUUCCCGCCCUUCGUCUUAGUUUGGUGGGUAUCAUAUGAAGGGCUCUUCUGUAGUUCUUCUGAGUGGUAAAUUUCGGAAGAAGAAAAAGGAUUUAUGUAUUUAUGUUUAUUGAAUUAAGUAGUAAAUAAAUGUGGAAAUGAAUUAAUUAGAUUGGUGGGAAUAAAAAGAAAAGGAGAAGGAAGAACAAGAGGGUGUUUUGGAUUAGUUAGUUAGUGGUUCAAUGAAUGAUGUGAGCUUUUCUUUCUUUGUUUCAAACACAGUUUCCUGCCAACUCAUCCACUUUUUUCAGUGUUUUCAAAGCAUCUUCACCACUUACGUACUUACCCAAAUGGGGGAAGAAUUGAA